AUGAACUCGCUACUAUUAACCUGCAUCCUCCUGGCCUCCGCCUCCUACCUGGCCGCGGCCGACGGCCUCACCGACGACGAUCUCAUUUCCAUCGUCAACAAAAUCCAAGUCGAGGGCUUUUACAGUCAGAGCAUGAACAUGACCGUCGCCCGGAGGAAACCGUGCGUCGAGGUAGCAGCACGGAACGUUGACAUCAAACAAGCUUACGGUGAGUUGCGAUCACUUUUUGAAUUUCGUGAUUUUAUCAAUUAUUUUGAUUGGAAAAUGCUUUUAUUCUUUAACUUAUAGUAGGCAUAACCUAUAUAUAGUAGGCAUUACUUAUCAAUAACUUAUGAAUCAAAACUUUUUAUCUUUGAGCAACUUUAUACCCAAAAAUCCCUUAUCACAACAUAACUUAUCAACCCAAUUCCAGGCAAAUACUCCAAAACUUUCGUCGAUGUAGACCCAGCACAGCGCUUCGACGUGAACUACUGUUCGACGCUGGAGAACGUUGGCUCGUGCGCCGACGACUCGACGUGCGCCACCGUGUUCACAUGGCAAAAGGUGCGAGUACGACCGGCGGGUGCGCGCCGCGUCCAGUGGGUAGGCGAGGAGGUGCUCCUACCCACCAGCUGCAUGUGCGUCAUGGGCAACUCGGACGUGCCCAUCAUCAUACUGUAG